GGUGGCAUGCGGAUCUUAGACAGGUGUUGUUGCGCUUUGCGGAUCGUCCGAGCGAGGUGCUCUUUAGGCAGCAUGGAACCCGAGAGGACACCCGCACAACCCCGCAAUAGUUUGACACGCGCCCAUGCAGUUUGCCGUUCGACUUAAGGAAUUUCAUUAGGCGGGAAAACACCGGAUCGUCGCAAUGGUGCACCACUCAGGCUCCAUCCAGUCGUUCAAGCAGCAGAAAGGCAUGCACACCAGCAUCAGCGAGAUCCUGAAGGAGAAGAGCCUGAAGCCAUCCCGCCGCAGUCUGCCCUGCCUGGCCCAGAGUCAGACCCAUCCCAUCAACCUCAACCACUUCCUGUCUGUACCUCUGAGCCCGGAGCCCAAAGCCCAAGUGGAGGUUUUGAGUCAGAGCAUCAGCACCUCCUGCAGCCUCCUGCCGCCACAGACAGCAGAGGAUGACAAGGAUGAAUACACGGAAGAGUCCGAGGCAACUGCUUGUGAAACCAGAAUAGACGGGUCACUUCUGCCUCGAAAGCCAAGCACACGGGCUAAGCUCGAGGCCCGCACAGAUUCCGUCAAGGACAGGAAUCCGUCAGAUGCAUUUGGACUCUUCUUUCGGGAUGGGAAAAAGCGCAUUGAUUACAUCCUGGUUUAUAAGAAGUCCAGUCCACUGGUGGAGAAAAGGUGUACCUUUGAGAAGAAUUUACGUGCUCAGGGCUUAAUGCUGGAAAAGGAGCCUUCUUUGACGAACAAUGACAUCAUGUUUGUCAAAGUCCACACUCCCUGGGACACGCUUUGCAAAUAUGCAGAGCAGAUGAACAUCCGGAUGCCUUUCAGGAAAAAAUCCCACUUUACAGACUGGAAAAGCAAAACCUUGGGCAGCCGCUUUCAUCUGAGAUGUCGUCAGAUCAAGAGCUGGCUUCCCAGAAAUCCUAUGAAGCUGGACAAGGAGGCGCUGCCUGACUUGGAGGAGACCGACUGCUACACCGCCCCCUUCAGUCGAGCACGCAUGCAUCACUUUACUAUCAACAACAGAGAGGCCUUCUUCUCCAACUCGACCAGAAGCAGAAUCGUUCACCAUGUCCUGCAACGCACUAAAUAUGAAGAUGGAAAGUUGAAAAUAGGUAUCAACCGCUUAUUGGGCAACAACACAUACGAGGCUGCCUUUCCUCCACACGAGGUAAAAAAAAUCGAAUUUGUGCUAAAGAGUGUUACAAACUCCUGCUUAUCUGUUCUGGUUUCUCCUCAGGGUGGAUACAAGAGCAGACAUCCCAUUAAGACGCAUGGUGCCCAGAACCACAGGCACCUGCUUUAUGAACGCUGGGCUCGCUGGGGGAUCUGGUACAAGUACCAGCCUCUGGACCUCAUCAGGCGUUACUUUGGAGAGAAAAUCGGUCUUUACUUUGCGUGGUUGGGUUGGUACACCGGCAUGUUGAUCCCCGCUGCUCUGGUUGGCGUGUUUGUCUUCCUCUAUGGCCUCUUCACUAUGGACUCCAGCCAAGUCAGCAAAGAAAUUUGUGAAGCGACCACAAUCACGAUGUGUCCAAUGUGUGAGGAAACUUGCAAGCCGUGGAGGCUGAGUGACAGCUGUGUCUAUGCAAAGGUGACCCAUCUGUUUGACAAUGGUGGCACUGUUUUCUUCGCUAUCUUCAUGGCUAUUUGGGCCACUGUCUUCUUGGAGUUCUGGAAGCGGAGGAGGGCUGAACUGACUUAUGACUGGGAUCUCAUUGACUGGGAGGAGGAAGAGGAGGAGCUGCGGCCUCAGUUUGAAGCCAAAUAUUCCAGAGUGGAGCGAGUCAAUCCCAUAUCGGGCAAGCCCGAGCCUUUCCAGCCCCUCUCAGACAAACUCAGCCGGCUCAUGGUGUCUGUGUCCGGAAUCUUCUUCAUGAUUUCGCUGGUCCUGACAGCCGUGUUCGCAGUGGUAGUUUUCCGUCUCAUUGCCAUGGAGAAGUUUGCAUCCUUCAACUGGCAUUUUGUGAAGAAGAACUGGCAGUUCGCCACCUCUGGCACCGGUGUCUGCAUCAACUUCAUGAUCAUCAUGUCGCUCAACGUGGUGUAUGAAAAGGUGGCCUAUCUGCUGACAAAUUUAGAGCAUCCAAGGACAGAGUCUGAAUGGGAGAACAGUUUUGCUCUUAAAAUGUUCCUCUUCCAAUUUGUUAACUUGAACAGUUCCACGUUCUACAUUGCAUUCUUUCUGGGAAGGUUCGCUGGCAGGCCUGGAAAAUACAAUAAACUCUUUAAUCGGUGGCGACUGGAGGAGUGUCACCCCAGUGGCUGCUUGAUUGAUCUGUGCCUGCAAAUGGGUGUCAUCAUGUUUUUCAAACAAAUCUGGAAUAACUUCAUGGAACUUGGUUAUCCUUUGCUGCAGAACUGGUGGUCCCGUAGGAAGAUGAAGAAAGGUGGUGGCACCGCGGGGCCGAAUGUGGAGAAUAAAAGUCAGCUACCUCAAUGGGACAGAGACUGGAAUCUGCAGCCUAUGAACGCCCACGGCCUUGUGGACGAGUACCUUGAAAUGGUCCUCCAGUUUGGCUUCACCACCAUCUUUGUCGCUGCGUUCCCGUUGGCUCCGCUCCUGGCUCUGCUCAACAACAUCAUCGAGAUCCGUCUCGACGCCUACAAGUUUGUCACCCAGUGGAGGAGACCCAUGCCUGCCCGGGCCACAGAUAUCGGUAUCUGGCACGGAAUCCUCGAAGGUAUCGGCGUGCUCGCUGUCAUCACCAACGCCUUUGUCAUCGCCAUCACCUCAGACUACAUCCCUCGUUUUGUAUAUGCCUUCAAAUACGGCCCCUGCGUGGACAGGGCGUACCGCCACGAUGAUGAGUGUUUGCGAGGCUACAUGAACAGCAGCCUGUCUGUGUUUGACAUGAGCGUGCUGAAGAACAGCAGUGAGUCGGAAUACUGCUGGUACCGAGACUACAGAGCUCCGCCCUGGAGCGAGGUGCCCUACGAGUUCACUCUGCAGUUCUGGCACGUCCUGGCUGCCAGACUGGCCUUCAUCAUUGUCUUUGAGCACCUGGUGUUUGGCAUCAAAUCCUUCAUUGCGUACCUCAUUCCGGACAUGCCCAAGGACCUUUGUGACCGGAUGCGCAGGGAGAAGUACCUCAUGCAGGAGAUGAUGUACGAGGCGGAGCUGGAGCACCUGCAGAAGGAGCGCAAGAAGAACGGACUGCGUUAUCACCACGAGUGGCCUUAACUUUUUAAACCCUCACCUGUACACCCCCCCCCCCCAGGCCCCCUAAAACGACAUCCAGCCCUCCAUUAACCUUCAGCAGAUUCACCAAAGACUUCACAUAUGACACCCCCACCACUCUAAAGCUGCUUCACCCUCAACUCUCCCUCCCUCGCCAUCUGUUGCAGAGUUGGCGCCACCCUCGUGUUCCACCACCCUCCUUGGUCCAUCGCCUGGCUUCCUGCGGCAGUGUCUUCCCAUCUCAGUCUCCCCCCCCCUCCCCCCCCUUCUGCUGUGUGUCAUGGCCUCACGACCAUCUGUAAUGUUUACUAUGCAGAUGAAGAGUUGCAAGCGGUUCCCUUCGUCAGCCAUCUUGCUCUCUCUCUCUCUCUCUCUCUCUCUUUCUCUGUGUGUGGCAGCUAGCACCUCGUCUGCUCGGACUCGCCGCAUGUUUUUCCUUUUCUCGCCGAGCAUCAGCAGAACCGCGAUGGUUCGCGCUCAUUUUCCAAAUAGAACGGACGACGUUCCUGCAAAAGUGACUGCAUAUCGCCCUCAAAGCAUGCUGAAGACUCUUUGUGGCAAGAUGUAAAGCAACAGCACUCAUCAUGGAGAAAUGUCCACGGCAGCCUAGAAAGUGCAUGGUCGUGUUGUUGUUGUAUCCCUUCUCGGUGCCUGGUUUGUGUGAGCUGUGCGCGUGCGUUUGUUUGUUUGUUGUACUACUGUUGAGCUUGACUGCCUUGAGUUCGUCGGAUGUGAACUUUUCGCAAUAUGAUUGUGCCUCCAGUUGUGCGCCGACAUCACUUGUGCCUGUUUGUGCUGCACAUUCGCUUUCAAAGUGCAACGCGUCCUCUCUCCGACUCCUAACUUGCUCUGUUGAAGAAACUUUUAGACGCUCCCGAGCGAGUUUGUUUUGGACGUGACUCACACGCACUUAGGUACCCACUGCGGGUCUAAUGGCUCUAAAACAGCAGUGUCUGUUGAUACAUAGCUCCUAUUAUGAGCGACGUAUGCACGAUGGAGCUGCAAAUCUGCUUUCCCCCACUUUCUACGCUCAUGGCCUGUUUUUCAUUUGUUAUUGGAAGGGCUGGAGCAUGGUUGAAACUUGGAUGGUUUAGACAUACCUGUGGCUUGGAUGUUCACUGCACAAAGAACAUCGAUCCACUGUUGCUCCCUCACGAAAAGAAAAGAGGGGAAAAAAAGCACUUACACAUUUAUUCUCGAGCAAAGAAUCUCAGCCAGCCGCGGUUUUAGCUCCGCUGUGACGCUAAUUGUUCUAAAAGUUUCCAAAUUUGGUCGCUCCAAAAAAAAGUCGCCUGUCAACGUCUUGACCAAUGCUCAACGACUUGGGAAAGAGGAGUGACACAUUUUGAGGCAAAACCACAAGCAGUCAAAUUACAAACCAAAAUAUACUGUCGAAUUUCCAGUUAGAAUACUGUAUGUCUUUAUACAAACAAUUAUAUGUACAAAGCAAAACAGUCAACAAAAUAACUAGGUCACGAUGUUAAAUGGUAAAUUGGAAAAUUUCUCUCGCACGACUUCAGCUCCGGUGAGGGUUUUCGUCAACGGUGACUAAAAUGUGACGAGACGUCUGUGAGUUGACGAGACGAGACUGGACAAAAAUCUUCGUGGGUAGUCUGACCGAUGAUCACAAUGCUGCUGUUCAUCGGAAGAUAAGUUACAAGUUCUUUUGUGUGUGCGUGUAUGUGUCUGCGUAUUUUUUGUUGUGCUCAUUGAAUAUCGAAGUUUUUGCGACUUUUUUGUUAGAAUCUGUCGAAAAAACAUUUAUAUUGCAGAUGCAAGAACUAACUCUAGGCCGGUCCAAAAUAUUAUUGUUGCUUUGAACCCCUUUUCUUUUCUCUUGUUAUUUCAAGUAAUAGGUAAUCAUUUUCUAUUUUGACUGGAAAUGAGAUAAGUAUACAUGUUCGGGUUUUGACUUUUACCUCAAAGUGUGUAUUGACAGCUGCAUUGGAGCCGAAACCCCAACAGACGUGAAAUUUUGAAGACACAAUUUCCAAAAUAAAUGUUACAUUUACACAAUGCAAACGAGGGACAAAAAGAAAAACAAUACUGGUUCACAGCCCUUGGGAAAGAGAUUUUGUACUGUUCAUUUGUUUCUGUCAAGUAAUCGAAUGAAGUUGUCGUUCUAUGUGUGGAUAGGGUUCAUAAUGUCUUUAUUAAAGUUCCUGGGGGAGGGAGGGGGGUUGCUUUUUUGCUCCUUGCACUCACCCACAGAUGUCCUGUCUGCAUUUCUCAGGUGUCCUCUGAAUGUUUGCUGAUGAUCAACUUUUCAUAUUUUCCACAAUGGUCCGUAUGCAAUGAUGCACCCACCUCAAUCUUGCUUAGUUUUUUUGUUUACUUGUUGGUUCUUUUUUUGUGGGUGGGGGAGUUAUAAGGUAAUCUUCAUCAUAUUCCUUUUAAUAUUCAUUUGAAUUCAUUCAACCACUCUAGAGAGAGACUCUAAUCUUGAGGAAGCUAGUCCAGGUUCCCUGCUAUGUGAAGAUUGAAAAUCUAUGCAUGUUGUAAUCCUUGUACAGUCCAGUUUGCAUGAUUCCGUGCCUCCUUUGGGCAGCUCUAACAUCAGUUAGUUUGUCUUUAAAAAACAUAUCACAAACACAACAUUUUUUCAACACUGAGGGUUUUGGAAAGCCCAGACAAGACUCAUGUUUGAUGGAAGCAGUGAAUUUUAUAGAGGGCCGCUAUUUUCUAGAUCAAAAAACAAACACAUGAACAGUUAUUAAAUCAAAGGUAAGUUUUACAAAUCUAACCCCCCGCCCCCUCCGAACUGUCAUGGAUGAGCUCCUUCAUACAAGUAUGACGCCUGCACAGUGAAAAGAAUGGUGUACCUAAUGCCUCCUACUGCUGUUGGCAAUAGCACAAAGCGAGUGUUGGAAUGAUAACUGUACUGAAAACCUUUGAGUGGAAUUUACUUGAGAAGUGGAUGCAGAGACACAGAAGUGUUAGCCCAUGCAUUUGGAUGAGCGGUAGGAUGUGACAUGAGUGUAUUCGUAACAUGGUUUACUUCGUUCUUGUUAACAUGUAAAAAAUAUAUAUAUAUAUAUACAGUAUAUAUACUGUAUUGAAAUGUAUAAAAACAAUGUAACAUAAGGUAAUUUGGAUAUCACUCUUUUUCUGUAAUAAACCAUUGAUUGUAUCUUUUA